AUGACGCAUCACGGUGAAACCAUUCCGUUGAUAGACUUGAAAGAAGUUUCUAAUGAGAUGUUGAAUCAGAAAAUCCGUGAAGCAAGUGAGAAAUGGGGUUGUUUCAGGCUGGUCAACCACGGAAUUCCCGUGGAACUGAUGUCAGAAAUGAAGAAGACCGUUGGAGAUUUCUUUGAUCGUCCAUACGAAGUGAAACUGCAAAACACCAAUGUGUUACAAGGACAUGGUUACAAGUCUCCAGAUGAAAUCAAUCCUUUUCAUGAAUCGUUGGGGUUUUAUGACAUGGCAUCUUGUGAGGCUAUCAACACUUUUUGUGAUCAACUCAAUGCCUCUGCUGAUCAAAGGGAAACUAUGAUAAAGUAUGCCAAAGCUAUUAAUGAUCUUGCAAAAGAUUUAGCUAGGAGAUUAGCAGAGAGUUACAGUGUUAACACCGACAUUUUCAAAGGAUGGCCAAUGGUGUACCAAAUUAACAAAUAUAACUUGAAACCAGAAACAGGAUCUAAUAUGCGAUUACACACUAAUUCUGGGUUCUUGACAAUCCUUCAAGAUGAUGAAAAUGUUGGUGGACUUGAAGCUAUGAACAAUUCUUCAGGAACCUUUUUCCCCAUAAACCCAAUGCCAAACACACUAGUUGUCAACCUUGGCGAAAUGGCUACAAUAUGGAGCAAUGGAAGGUUGUGCAGUGUGAAGCACAAAGUGCAAUGCAAAGAAGCAAAAUUCAGGAUUUCAAUCUCCUCUUUCUUAUUAGGACCGGUGGAUGCAAAUCUUGAAGCUCCAGAUGAGUUUGUUGACGCUGAGCACCUCUCUACAAGCCUAUCAGCCAAGAAGAAUUACAUCAUCUUAGAAGGUCAAGGAAGCGUCGUGAUGGCCAAGUUCUCGAGCUUAUAA